CGUGGCUCCUUAAUCCCGGCCCGGGACAAGUUGUGUUGGCAGCAAUCAACUCCCCAUCCUUUUUAAAAAGUGUGGGUUUUCUUUUUUUUUCGUCUCCUUUUUCUUCGCUGCUCCUUUCUCGAUUGUGUAAGUUAUCGAGAAGGUCCAGAAUGGAGGUCAUAGCCGCUGUGGCCGCAGGGGCUAUAGCGUCCGCCUGCCAAAAUGCCGUCCUUAGCAGCUGGCUCGUGAGCAUUUGCCCUCAGAGGGACUACGUCAAAGAACUCGGAGACAGGCUUUCUCGACAUGCGCACAUUUAUACCCCGGGAUCGGACGAUUUCAAGACAGCGACAACUCGUUGGUCUGUAGCACAUGCCCCGGAAGUUAAGCUCGUUGUGGUUCCUAGCAUCGAGAAUGAUGUCGCCGAGACGGUAAAAUAUGCGAAUGAGUUAGGAAUGCCCUAUCUCGCUCUCAACGGCGGUCAUGGUGCGAUCAAGACAGUCGAGAAGAUGAAGGGCGGCAUCGAGAUCUGGAUGCAUCAAUUGAAUGGUGUCGAGAUUUCAGAAGAUGGGGCCCGGGCAAAGAUUGGUGGUGGGGCCAAAACCAAGACCGUCAUCGAUGCGCUUUGGGCUGCUGGAAAACAGACAGUGACUGGAUUAUGUGAAUGCACUAGCAUCCUGGGGCCCGGCUUAGGAGGCGGACACGGAAUUCUCGAGGGACACUAUGGGCUUAUUUCCGACCAGUUUGUGUCGAUGAAUAUUGUGUUAGCUGACGGAAUUCUGCGAACCAUCGACGAGAGUUCCGAAAUGUGGUGGGCCAUGCAAGGGGCUGGUCACAAUUUCGGCAUUGUGACUUCAGUUACUUUGAAAACCUACGACAUCAUAUAUCGUGACUGGGCGUACGAGAGUUUCAUCUUCACCGGCGACAAGGUAGAAAGCCUGUAUGACAACAUCAACAACCACCUCCUGAAGGAUGGCUCUCAGCCGGUUGAGAUCAUGCACUACUCGUUCUUUUUCAACAAUCCCGAAGUCGAUCCUACCAAUCCCUUGAUCAUGUUCUUUAUCCUUCAGGAAGGGAACAUGGUGGUUGACCCAACCUAUACUACGCCUUUCCACGAAUUGGGUCCUAUAAGCACCGAUGGUGAGGGAGGGAGCUUCCUUGACUUAGCAACAUGGACGGGCAACGACAACAACUCUCCGCCCUGUCAAAAGGCUGGGCUAGUUAAUUAUCGCUUUCCCAUCAACAUCGAAUCGUACAGUGUUCCGGCCCAGCGUCAAGUAUACGACCUCUUCGCUUCCGCGACGAAGGAGACCCCGGCGUUGAACGGAUCUUUCUUCCUCUUCGAGGGCUACGCCACGCAGGGCGUAAAAGCCAUCCCUAGCGAAUCGACCGCCUAUCCUUUUAGAAGCGACAAUCUUCUCAUAGCGCCGGUGAUUAACUACGCAGGCGGCGACGCGGAAAUCGACAAGAAGGCUGUUGAGCUGGGUGAGAAUCUUCGUCGUAUCCUCCACGAAGCCACGGGUCGGGAGGAGAUGCAUACGUAUGUCAACUAUGCUUACGGAGAGGAAACGAAGCAGAACAUGUAUGGCUAUGAGCAGUGGCGCCAGGAUAAGCUGCUGGAGUUGAAGAAUAAGUAUGAUCCUCAGAGAAAGUUCAGCUUCUAUGCGCCAAUUGCAUAGAUAGGGCCUUCCAGGGGCUGAGAAUAUAGGGGUUGCUGAUUAAUGAGGUGCUUCGAACGUAUCACAAUCUCAUCUUAA